CUUGGUUCAGCGUCAAAGGAGCCUCGGAACACAAAUUUUACAAGUUGUAUAGUCGCCAAAUGAAGGAGAAAAAGUGAAAAACCCUUGGCGUAGGAUUUAAGAAGUUUCCAAAACUAGUAACAGACAGACAGCGAUGAGAUUAAAUGGUGGUUUCUUAAAUUCUGCUCGUGCACACCUACACAAAUCAUCAUUUAUUUCUACCUCCAUCUUUCACCCUUCUUCUUCUUCUUCUUCUUCUUCUUCUUCUUGCUUUCACUCUGCAAUGGCGAAUUCGAAUGGAUCAACAACUACUACUAGUGGUGAUCUUAAGCCUAAAUUCUUAAAGGUUUACUAUGACCUCAAAUCUGAUCUCCUUCAAGAUCCUUCUUAUGAAUUUACUGAUGAUGCUCGCAAUUGGGUCGACAAGAUGCUGGACUACAAUGUGCUUGGAGGGAAAGUGAAUCGAGGGCUCUCUGUGGUCGAUAGUUACAGAUUGCUGAAAGGAGAUGACAUGUCUGAAGAAGAAAUAUUCCUUGCAUCUACACUUGGUUGGUGCAUUGAAUGGCUUCAGGCAUGCUUUCUUGUCCUUGAUGAUAUCAUGGAUGGCGCUCACACACGUCGAGGUCAACCUUGUUGGUUCAGAGUGGAGAAGGUUGGUAUGAUAGCUGUGAAUGAUGGGCUUCUACUUCGGAAUCACAUUCCCAGGAUUCUCAAGAAGUACUUCAGACAGAAAGUUUACUAUGUGGAUCUGUCAGAGUUGUUUAACGAGGUUGAGUUCCAAACAGCUUCAGGACAGAUGGUAGAUUUGAUUACCACAAUAGAAGGGGAGAAAGAUCUGUCGAAGUAUACAUUGCCAGUCCACCGUCACAUUGUUCAGUACAAAACUGCAUAUUACUCAUUUUAUCUACCGGUUGCAUGUGCAUUGCUGUUGUCAGGUGAGAAUUUGGAGAAUCAUAUAAACGUGAAGAAUAUUCUCGUUGAAAUGGGAACCUACUUCCAAGUACAGGAUGAUUAUCUAGAUUGCUUCGGGACUCCUGACGUGAUUGGUAAGAUUGGAACAGAUAUUGAAGAUUUCAAGUGCUCAUGGUUGGUCGUGCAAGCGCUUGAACGUGUUAAUGAUGAGCAAAGGAAGAUACUAUAUGAGAACUAUGGAAAGGCAGAUUCAGCUUGUGUUGAAAAAGUGAAAAGACUUUAUAAAGAUCUAGAUCUUGAGGGUGUAUUUGCUGAGUACGAGCGGAACAGCUAUGAAAAGCUCAUCUCCUCCAUAGAAGCUCACCCGAGCAAAGCUGUUCAGGCAGUUCUGAAGUCUUUCUUAGCGAAGAUAUACAAGCGUCAGAAGUAGGAAACACGAGCAUUUUGACAUUCAAAAGAUGAAUAAGAAAUGACAAAAGUAAAAUGAUUUAUUUUCCUUAUCAUGAAUAAAAAAUGGCAAAAGCAUUUUGAUGUACGCCCUGCAACCGUGUUAUCUUAUCUGUUGGUGCUAAGUGUCUUUCCCAAUGCUAUUUUGUUCUUCCAAAUUUUUGAACUUUCAUCUGAAUUUAUAAGUCAACCAUAUGUGGCUCUUGGGACAGCCGACUUUUGGUCACUUCAAGCUGCUUCCGGAGGUGGUUGAAGAGGUAGUCCCUGUUCUUGUAUAUGGGACUCGUAGCUGUUGAACUCGCUGUCGCAGUACUGUUAUUGAUUUGAUUGAAAAAUUACCAAGUCGGAUGAACAAGU